UGCUUGAACGCUCAGAAGUCGGAGAUUUCCGAGGUCCGAGCGGCUCAAUAAAAUCGUCUUUAUACUUAAACCAAGAUAGACCACAGCCUGUCGUUUCAAACGGGAACAAAUUAAUCUAGUGGGCAGAACAAGCAAGGUGGUGGGCAGAGCCAAGCACGAACUAGAGAGAUUCUAUCGGCGCGUUCUAGCACGUAUUUGCAUAUUUCCAUUAGGGAACGUCUACUCUGUAAAGUGCACUUCUGCAAUAACUCAAAUCGCCUUCACACUCAUUCUAAACAACGCAAUAUUUUUUUUAAACUUUUGGUAAAGUCUACAAAACUUAGUUCACUCUGUUCGUAACAGAUUCAAAUUUUGUGAACAGAAAACUGCUGAGAUCAAAUGUUUAGUCGAUGAGAAAAUGUGAAGGAUCUCGGCCAAAAUCCAUCGAGCUCCAUCUUCUCCCACUGCGGGCCACUGGGCUUCCUCUCACUACCACAUUUGAUGAUUUGACAUCGUUUUUUCCAAAUUUGGUAGUGAGUGGAAACGCCAAGCGGAUGCUUCACAUUUACACAUCCGGUGGAACAUCUGUCUCAUUGUUCUAUCUGUGUCUCAAUGGUUCCCAGUUCCCAGUUGUUCCGAACGCGACAUGUCUCAAGUGUGUGUUUAAGAUCCAACCAGCGAUGUCACGCAUCUAAAUUUACAUUUGUGUAAACGGUGUAACAACAGUGUGGGUGUUUUGCAGCAGAGGAGAAUCAUCAUGAAGACUCUGCUGGUUUUUGACUUCGACCACACCUUGGUGGAUGACAACAGUGACACCUGGGUCAUUCAGUGUAUCCCGGACCAAUGCCUGCCAGACCUGGUCAAGAACUCCUACCAGAAGGGACUCUGGACAGAGUACAUGGGCAGAGUCAUGUCCUAUAUAGGAGACCAGGACAUCAGCCCCGAUACAAUCCGAAGUGUGAUGGAGACGAUACCGUUUACAGAUGGAAUGAUGGAACUGUUGAUGUUCAUUGUGAGUAACAAGAACGACAUUGACUGCAUCAUUAUCUCAGAUUCAAACACAGUGUUCAUCGACUGGAUACUGCAGGUGGCUGGGGUUCAAGACGCGGUCGACCAAGUCUUCACCAAUCCGGCUGCGUUUGACAAGCGUGGCUACAUGGAGAUAGAAUGUUACCAUUCUCACCAGUGUAGCCAGUGCCCUGUCAAUCUGUGUAAGAGGAAAGUGCUGGCUGAUUUCCUAGCAGGGCAGUUGAAGGGAGGGGUAGAGUAUCAGAGAACUUUCUAUGUAGGGGACGGAGGGAACGACCUUUGCCCUUCCAACAGUCUAAGGGAAGGAGAUGUGGUGUUCCCUAGAAAGGGUUACACCUUGGAGAGGCUGCUCUCUAGACAGAGUGCACAACAAGGAGAGGGUUCAUCCAACCCGAGAGUCGUAGGAUGGACAAGUGGAAAAGAGAUCCUGAUGGAACUGAAAGCAUGUGUUCCCCUGUAGGGUACAGCUCUUUCUCAUACUAAAUGUAAGUGUACUUGCAACGAUUAAAAAGUAUACCAAAUGCUUGAGAGGGAA